GUAAAUUGACGUUUAAGAUUAAAGAAAAUUUUUUAGAUUAUGUUUCAUCCAAAUUUCGAUGUAAUUGCUGUAUAUGCUUUACUGAAUCAACAAAUUUUAGCAAAUUUCAAUUUUUUAUAUAUUUUGUGACGUGUCAUAUUUUCUUUUAUCAAAAUGUUCGGUCUCAAUUUUCGUCGAAAUUUGGAGUUAACAUUUGGUAAAAUUUUACCAACAAAACCUUUUAAUAUGUGCGGUUUAAGGUAUAUAAGUAUCCGAGAACCUUUACAGCCUUUAAAACGAUGUCCAAAAUGGGUUUGUGUAGAAGAUGCAAUAAAAAUUAUUAAUUCAGAGCAUUUAGUUUUUAUACAAGGAGGUGCAGCAACACCUAAUGAAUUAAUACGAGCUAUGACUGAGCAUGGUGUUUGUAAUAAUCUACGUGGUGUACGAUUAAUUCAUAUGGGUCUUGAAGGAGAUGCACCAUUUUCAAGUCCUGAGUUUGAGAAACAUUUUAGAUCUGUAAGCUUUUACAUUGGUGCUAAUCUUAGAGAAGCUGUUAAUGAAGGAAGAGCAGAUUAUAUUCCAAUAUUUCUUCAUGAAGUACCAAAACUUUUUUACGAGAGAAGAAUUUUUCCAGAUGUUGCAUUAAUUCACGUCAGUGUGCCAGAUGCUCGUGGUUUCUGUUCUUUAGGUGUAAGCGUAGAUUGUACACGUGCUGCGAUUAGUACAGCUAAAGUUAUCAUCGCUCAAGUAAAUGAACAUAUGCCAAGAUCAUUUGGAGAUACUGUUAUUCACUCAAGUCACAUUGAUUGGGCUGUUAAAUAUGAUUGUCCUUUACCAUGUGUAGCUAGUACUCCACCAAAUGAAAUUGAACAAGAAAUUGGCAAAAUCAUUGCACAAAGAUUAGUAGAUGAUGGGGCAACUUUACAAAUUGGAAUUGGUAACAUACCUGAUGCUGUCCUCUGUUCUCUUGGUAAUCAUAAGGAUUUGGGAGUUCAUACAGAAAUACUUGGUGAUACAAUGGUAGAUUUAGCAGAACGAGGCAAUGUUUCAAAUAAAAUGAAAAUAAAGCACAGAGGACGUAUGGUCAGUUCUUUAGCAAUUGGUACCAAAAGAGUAUAUGAUUUUUUACAUAAUAAUCCAUUUGUAGAAAUGCGUGCAAUUAAUUAUGUUAAUGAUCCUCGAAUAAUAUCGCAACAACCGAAAAUGACAGCCAUUAAUUCUUGUAUAGAAAUGGAUAUUACUGGUCAAAUAUGUUCAGACAGUUUAGGCUGUAAAUUGUAUUCUGGAUUUGGUGGUCAGCUUGAUUUUAUCCAAGGUGCAGCAAUGGCUCAAGAUGGUCGAGGAAAAGCUAUAAUCGCAUUCCCUUCAGUAACGAGUAAAGGAGAAAGUAAAAUUCAGCCUAUAAUUAAACUUGGUGGUGGAAUUGUGGUAACGAGAGCACAUGCGCACUAUAUAGUUACUGAACAUGGAAUAGCAAAUCUUUUUGGUAAAACAUUACGUCAAAGAGCAAAUGCAUUAAUUCAAAUUGCUCAUCCUGAUCAUAGAGAAUGUCUUGAAAAAGCUGCAUUUGAAAGACUUAAAUCUAAUCCAACAAAAUAUUUGUAAUUUAGAUAUACAAGUAAUAUAUUUCAUAAAAUUUGUAAUAUUGUAAUAUUACAAAUUUUUUUUUCUUUCUUUAUUUAAUCUCAUAUGUGGAAAAUAGUUCAUUUCAAAAUGUUUUGAUGUCAAAAUUUUUUUAUUAUAUAUGUUUAAUAUAUAAAUUAUAUGUUUUUCUACAUAAAAAUGAAUUAUAUAUGUUUUUUCUACAUAAAAAUGUAAAAAGUCAAAGAUUUAAUAAUGUUAUGUAUAACAUAAUUGUUAUCAUCAAAUUCAUUUUUACUAUUUAUUAUAUACAAUUUGAAUAAAUAAUUAUAUUUCUAACUUUUAUUUAAAAGACAUAUAUGCAAAGCAAAUUAUUAUCUAUAUACAUGUAAUUUCUAUAUA